GGGUGUUUUGGAGCAAAGGAAAAGUCAAGGCAGGGAGAAAGUCUGAAGAGAAGAAAGUGAAUGGACCGACGAAGACGAGCUUGAGAUAACAACAGAGACACAGCCAGGGCGUCAGGUGGUUGAAGAUGGACCCCAACACAGAGACAAGGAGGUCGACCUCUUACCUGCCGGUUAACCCCUCCUCUGAGACCCAGAAACUACCCCCACCCAAAGGCCCAGGCUGCACCUGGCUGGUGGUGGUGGCAGCUGUAGCGGCCUCUCUGAGCGGCCUGAUGCUGGGCUAUGAAAUGGGUCUGACCUCUGGAGUCCUGCUGCAGCUGCGAGGCCUCCUCUCCCUCUCCUGCCGGGAACAGGAACUGCUGGUCAGCUCCCACCUGCUCGGGGCUCUCCUCAUCUGCCUGGCUGGCGGCCCCAUUCUGGACCGCUAUGGCCGCCGCUGCUCGUUGCUCCUGAGCGCCGCCCUGGUGGUCGCAGGAACGAUCGUGCUCAUCGCCAUUACCUCGCUUAUUUCACUCACGCUUGGCCGGAUGAUCGUCGGCAUGGGGACGUCGCUGUCCGGGACGGGGGCGUGUCUAUACAUCGCAGAGAUCUCCCCGAGGGAGAGGAGGGGUCUGCUGGUGACGCUGUACGAGCUGAUGCUGGUUGUAGGAGUGAUGCUGGGGUUCAGCUGUAGUUACGCCUUUGCUACUCUUCCUCAUGGCUGGGUGUACACGUUUGGACUCGUCAUCCCUCCUGCUCUGGUGCAGUUCAGCGUGAUGCUGUUUCUUCCACCCAGCCCACGCUUCCUGGUUGCGAAGGGUAAGGUGGAGCAGGCCAGGAGGGUGCUGGUCAGGAUGAGAGGUGGGGUUCAGGAGCAUGUGGAGGAAGAGCUCAGAGACAUCCAGGUUGGACUUAAAGAGGAAUCAAAGCACAGUUUCCGGGAGUUGUUCAGCACUAAGGCUAACCUGCGAUCGCGGCUGCUCACAGGUGUCGCCUUAGUCUUCCUUCAGCAGGCUACAGGUCAGCCGAACAUCCUCUCCUACGCUUCACCUCUCCUUCGCAGUGUCGGCUACGACAGCGACGCAGCAGCGACGUUAGCAUCCACAGGGUUCGGAGUAGUCAAAGUAGUCGGCACCAUCCCAGCUGUGCUAUUGGUGGACCGACUUGGACCAAAGAGCUUUUUGUGCGUGGGCGCCGUCACAAUGGGGCUGUCGCUUGUUGCUCUUGGGACAUUGACACUGCAGAGCCACACCCACCUCACCAGCCUGUGUAAAAGCCAGUCUUUACUAAACCACACACACAUGCUGGAGGAUUUAAACACAACCACUCUUGACUUGAACAAUACAGACUUUUUAAGCACUGAGUACCCCGCAGUGUGGAACAAUGAGGAGGAGACAUGGGGGACGAAUGGAGAGGAUGAUGGGAUAAGAGAGUCAGACGGAGGAAGGACUCAUGUAGAGGUGUCGUCCUCGCUGAGGGUGGCGUCUUUGAUCAGUCUGCUGGUGUAUGUGGCGGCCUUCUCCAUAAGCCUCGGGCCAAUGGUGUACGUGGUUCUCAGUGAGAUCUUUCCGAUGGGCGUCCGAGGCCGGGCUGUGUCUGUGGUGUCAGCAGUAAACUGGGCCACCAACCUGCUCAUCUCCAUGACGUUCCUCACACUAACAGAAAGAAUCGGCGUGCAUAAUGUGAUGUUUCUCUACGCUGCCAUGAGCUUCGUUCUACUGGUGUUCGUCAUCCUCUGUAUCCCCGAGACCAAAGGCCGCACACUGGAGGAGAUCUCCAAAGAACUGGCCAAGAAGAGGCACUUUAAGGUCAGGCUGUAUCGGCAGGUUCAGCCCAAGGAGAGUCAGGUCAGCAGGAGCAGCGUGUCCAAAGAGGUUCCAGCGAACGUGUAAAGACUCCUAGAUGUGCCAAAAACUGAACACCUCACCUGAUGAGCAGGGAUCAACAAGGACAAUACUACUGCACUGUUAAUGAAGCAGGCCUUUACAUCCCUGUAGAGUUAGCUGAUCCCUGCCAUAAUGCAUCUCAUCAUCCUGUGUGGCUGGUUGAAGAAGACAACACGAAGGGUUCAAAUCACACUCACUUGAGAAGUUCCUGAAAUGAAAGCUUGCCCUUAUUUGUUUAAAGGUGAUUAGGAUUUUGUUUCUAAAUGUAUAAAAUAUGUAUUAUAUAACAUUCAUGUAAUCCCUUCACUCCCCUACGUAAGAAGACAGCGCCAAACCAAACCAAAUGGAGGGGAAUUUCCUUUUCUGAGACAGUUAUUAAAGAUUUUCAUUUUUUGUUUGUUGUAAGAGA